UCUAAAUGGUUCACUGGACGAUGGGACGAUGCCAAUCAAGAGGUAUGUACCAACAUUUCUCAAUUAAUUCUUUUUGUUUUGAAUAGAUUUAAGAUUAUGAGACAUAAAGAGUGCGAAUAGGCCUGAAAUAGGAAGGCUGGGAUUGGGCCUGAAAUAGACAGUUUGGGAUAACGCCUGAAGUAGGAAGACUCAGUUUAGACCAUUUGGCCACCCAGUCACCCAAGUUGGUGGUCUGAUGUUCAAGUCCAACCAAAGGCCAGUCAAGCAAAAACAUCACCCCGGGUGGAUGAGACUCGUUAACCUUGGUCGGCAACUCACCUAAGAGAAGGAAACUCUGAAUUCAAACCCGGAGUUGGAGUCCCGUGAGGCGCAAACAAUGACCAUUCCUGCAACCGAACCCAUCCCUCGUCGUCUUGACGUAGAGUCUUGCCACUGGAUAUAGUUGGCUCGGACGAGAGAGUGAGGUAGACGCCGCGCAACUCUUCUUCACUUUAAAACAAAGUCACCCGCGCAAGUCAUCAGUCACCAGACGACUCGGUGGUCCUCGUCGAUCCUCGACGGACGAACAAUAUAUAAGGAAGACUAAGAUAAGGCCUGAAAUAGAAAGAUUUAGAUAAGGCCUGAAAUAGAAAGAUUUAGAUAAGGCCUGAAAUAGAAAGAUUUAGAUAAGGCCUGAAAUAGAAAGAUUUAGAUAAGGCCUGAAAUAGAAAGAAGAUAAGGCCUGAAAUAGAAAGAUUUAGAUAAGGCCUGAAAUAGAAAGAUUUAGAUAAGGCCUGAAAUAGAAAGAUUUAGAUAAGGCCUGAAAUAGAAAGAUUUAGAUAAGGCCUGAAAUAGAAAGACUAAGAUAAGGCCUGAAAUAGAAAGACUAAGAUAAGGCCUGAAAUAGAAAGAUUUAGAUAAGGCCUGAAAUAGAAAGAUUUGAAAUAAGGCCCGAAAUAGAAAGAUUUAGAUAAGGCCUGAAAUAGCAAGAUUUGAAAUAAGGCCCGAAAUAGGAAAAUUUGAGACAAGGCCUGAAAUAGAAAGACUAAGAUAAGGCCUGAAAUAGAAAGAUUUAGAUAAGGCCUGAAAUAGAAAGAUUUGAAAUAAGGCCCGAAAUAGAAAGAUUUAGAUAAGGCCUGAAAUAGCAAGAUUUGAAAUAAGGCCCGAAAUAGGAAAAUUUGAGACAAGGCCUAAAGGAGGUCCCUCAGUUAAAUAUCAUCCUACACCUUCUUCCUGUAUAAUGACCAAAAUCUUUAAACAUUUUCAUUGCUUCGUAAGUGAAGCGUUCGUAACUUGUUAAUGUAUUAAACGAUAACUAAUUGCGUAUUCGAGAUAGUGUCUUAGCUAGGACAUAGUGGGCAGAUUCAAUUUAAUGUUGGCAUUUGAAUUAACCAGUUCAUCAGCAGAAUGGGUCAAUUUUGCUGAGCCAGUUCAUCAGCAGAAUGUGUUAUUUGGCUGAGCCAGUUCAUCAGCAGAAUCUAUCAUUUUGCUGAGCCAGUUCAUCAGCAGAAUCUAUCAUUUUGCUGAGCCAGUUCAUCAGCAGAAUCUAUCAUUUUGCCUGAGCCAGUUCAUCAGCAGAAUCUAUCAUUUUGCCUGAGCCAGUUCAUCAGCAGAAUCUAUCAUUUUGCUGAGCCAGUUCAUCAGCAGAAUCUAUCAUUUUGCUGAGCCAGUUCAUCAGCGGAAACUAUCAUUUUGCCUGAGCCAGUUCAUCAGCAGAAUCUAUCAUUUUGCUGAGCCAGUUCAUCAGCAGAAUCUAUCAUUUUGCUGAGCCAGUUCAUCAGCAGAAUCUAUCAUUUUGCUGAGCCAGUUCAUCAGCAGAAUCUAUCAUUUUGCUGAGCCAGUUCAUCAGCGGAAACUAUCAUUUCGCUUAAUAUGAUAAUAAUUAUUAUCAACAAUGUAGUUGCAUAAAGCAUGGUACGGCUCAGCUCACUGCGCUUCACAUACAAAUUAGCAAUUACAGAAAAUUAUAUAUGUAAAAACAAUAAUUGGUAAACAGCUUGACCUCAGCCACCCAAGUACUAUCUACCCCUGUCUAGCCGUGGACAGCACCCACCCAAGUACUAUCUACCCCUGUCUAGCCGUAGACAGCACCCACCCAAGUACAAUCUACCCCUGUCUAGCCGUGGACAGCACCCACCCAAGUACUAUCUACCCCUGUCUAGCCGUGGACAGCACCCACCCAAGUACUAUCUACCCCUGUCUAGCCGUGGACAGCACCCAGCAGCAUCGAGCAUUGUUUAUCAGCUAGAAGGGGGGGGGGGGGAAGAAUGAGUCGGUAUAGUACAGUUUGAAGGGAUUGGGGUUGAGGGCAGUUUUGAAGGUUUGGAAUCUAUCAUUGAUAUACUUUUAACAAAUGUAAUUAUUUAUAUAUAUAUAAAAGUGAAAAUUUGUUUGUGGAUUUGUUUAUUUGUUUGUUUGUUUCACAAAGGNCCCACCCAAGUACUAUCUACCCCUGUCUAGCCGGGGACAGCACCCAGCAGCAUCGAGCAUUGUUUAUCAGCUAGAAGGGGGGGGGGUGAAGAAUGAGUCGGUAUAGUACAGUUUGAAGAGAUUGGCGUUGAGGGCAGUUUUGAAGGUUUGGAAUCUAUCAUUGAUAUACUUUUAACAAAUGUAAUUAUUUAUAUAUAUAUAAAAGUGAAAAUUUGUUUGUGGAUUUGUUUAUUUGUUUGUUUGUUUCACAAAGGCUUUUAUAUGGAUUGAUGGAUCUUGACCAAACUUGGCAUAUAUAUACAUCUUUAUCCGGAAGGAACUUUCCGGUGGUUAUGAACUUUUCAUAACAUUCCGUUUGAGGCCGGGGGCCUAGAGUCGUUUUUUUUUUCCUUAUAUGAGUUAUGUAAAUAAAAUUAACAACAAAUACUCAUAAAUGAAUAGAUGGAUCUUAACCAAACUUUGUACACAUACACUUGAUUAUCCAUCCUCAAAUCCCGAAGGGUAAUCAACUCAUAAUAGCCAUUCGUCUGGGGCGGGGGGCCCCAUUUCAUUUUUCCUUAUAUAAGUUAUAUAAAUAGCAAUAGGAUGAGACAACACUAUACGUUCUAUGUGCAUUCAUGGAUCUAUGCCUAGCUUGGUAGCACUAAACGGCACUGUCCUUAUAGAAACAUCGGUGGAUUCAAAACUAAUUAAAUCCAAUCUAGAAUUUUCCAGAGAAUUCGAUAAUUUUAAAAAGCUCUAUCUAUGGCAUUUUCAAGUGGAUUUUAAUGUGACCAAUUUUAAAUUUUAACUUUAUUGUUUAUCUUUCUGAUUUUAUUUUAUAGGGAAUCCUAUCUCUGGCAUAAAUAAAUCGGUAAAUUUAUGGAAUGGGCCCCCGGGGCCCCUUGGUUAACUUAAAAGAAGAAGGAUUCAAAUUAUGGUAUUUGCUGAAGAUUUUUAUCGUAUUUGAAAAAAGAUUAGAAAAGUUUCGAGUAGGUUAUGAAAUUUAAACUAAAAUGUUUCAGAACGUUCUAAAUUGUUAAAAGGGGGAUACUUAUUGGGAUCUAAGGGAAUAUUGAAAUUUUAGUUAGUUUGAUUUAAUUCUAUACUGUGCCCCAGUUUACUGUUCUCUCCGUACCACUAAGUAUUUUUUUAUUCUGGAUAGAAAGCAAAGGGGUCGGGAUCCCAUCAUAAUUAUUAUCCCCCUUGGGAUCAGGAUCCCACCACAAAACGGAAUCCCAACCUUGAAUAUAUCCACCGGGAUCGGGAUUACACCGGGAAACAGGAACGCACCGGAAUCGUUGUCAGAAUGGGAUUGGGGUCCCAAUGGGAGCGGGAUCCCACCAGGACGGGGGUCCUAAUGCAAUCCCGGGCUACGCCGGGUAUAUCGGCUAGUAAUAAAAUAAAUUUAAAUUCGGUCAUCCCUAGUUAUCCCUAGUUAACACCCACAGGCAUAGACACACCAAUGACACGCUCGUCAUCCCUGGUUAUCCCUAGUUAACACCCACAGGCAUAGACACACCAAUGAAACGUUCGUCAUCCCUGGUUAUCUCUAAACCCUCGCCCCACCCCCUGGUCAAUUCGAUACCCUCGCAUCUCGAUUCAGUUUGGAUAAUCCCAUUUGUUAAUCCACAGUGUUACCCCGAUCAUUGCUUACAAACGUCUUAGGAUAUCCGUUACUUUACAACGGUAAAAUCUAGAUUAGAUUCCUAAAGGGUCGUCCACUAUCCAAAAUUGUUAAUUCAAUACACCAUGCUCGUUUUUGAUAUUUGAUUUCUUAUAAAUUCAAGAUUACUUUUGACUCUACAGCCAAUACUACAAUUUUUAUAUAUUUUUAAUCGAGUUACUUUGUUUGUAAAUUUCAAUAAGACAUUAAUAUUUUCAGUAGAUUUGGACAAUACAUUUUUUUUUAAAAUCAACUAAGGUACCUGUCAUAAUUCAAAUUAUAAUUUAAUGUAUUAUGUAUUUUUUAGGAGUCACCCUUCAUCAAAGAAUAUAUCAACAAAGAGCUAGAGGUAAGUUGUACGCCAUAACGUCAUCAGAAUAUGUGCAACAACGUCAUCAGAAUAUGUGCAACAAUGUCAAUAGAAUUUGUGCGAUAACGUCAUCAGUAUGUGUGCAACAACAUCACCAGAAUGUGUGCAACAACGUCAUUGGAAUGUGUGCAAUAACGUCCUCAGAAUGUGUGCAACAAUGUCAAUAAAACUCGUGCGAUAACGUCAUCACAAUUUGUGCAUUCGGCUGUAUAGGCUAGACCUUUAUACAUGGGCGCAUCGGAAUUAUCACAGAUAUUGUAAGUUUAGGCGUAUCGGAGCGCAGUCAUAACAGACAUUGUAAGUUGACAUCAUUCUGAUGACGCGUUGGUUUUACUGUAAGACUCUACUUAUCUGUACAAUUCAACAGUCUUUCUAAACAUGUGGUGGCCUUUUGGAAUUGAACAUUGAUUUUUUUUUUUUUUUUUUUUUUUUUUUUUUUUUUGAAAUGUGACAGCGGGGUGGUGGGUGGGGGGGGGGGAGUGGCGAUCAACCAAAAAUGAUGAUGGCGCAUGUUUGUGGGAGCCAGAAAACGCUUAAUAAAUACGGCGCAAAAAUAGUACUGCACUCUACACUUGGAUGAUGUCGAUGGUGUUGCUCUUGUUGUUGCUGCUGUUGUUAUUGUUUUAUAAAUAAAUGUGUAUUGUUUUUGUUUUAAAGUGUAAUCGUCUUCAUGUAGGUUUCAUUGAGUGGCUUGCCGUUGGGUUUUUAUGUCCCUUUGGUACCGGUGUAGCUUACCUGUGUAGCUUACCUGUGUAGCUUACCCGUGCGGCUUACCUGUGCCGCUUACCUGUGUAGCUUACCUGUGUAGCUUACAUGUGCAGCUUACCUGUGCAGCUUACUUGUGCAGCUUACCUGUGUAGCUUGCCUGUGUAGCUUACCUGUGUAGCUUACCUGUGCAGAUUACCUGUUCAGUUUAUCUGUGUCGCCUACCUGUGUGCUUGCCUGUGUAGCUUACGUAUGGAUACAACUUUGAUGAAAACUAAUUGAAGAAUAGACGUGUUUCGGUUAACGGAAAUUUGAUCAAAAGAAAUUUCAUCGACGGUAAAUUGAUCGACGGAAAUUUGAUCGAAUGGAAAUUUGGUCGAAUCUUUUUUUCAGCUAACGCGUUGAAAUUUUCGUCAAAUUUUCUUUUGAACGCACUAUACUAUCAAGUAAAACAAAAUAUUGUGUUCAAAAAGAAAUUUAAAGCAAAAUUUUAACCUAAAAACUGAAAAAAAGAUUCGACCAAAUUUACGUUCUAUCAAAUUACUGUCGAUCAAUUUACCGUCGACGAAAUUUCUUUUGAUCGAAUUUCCGGAUACGACUUGUUUCACAAGGCAUCGGGGAUUCAAAGAAAGCAAUAAAAUGUAUGCUUUUUUUUUUUUUUUUUUUGCUUUUUUUCUUUUUUUUUUUUUCAAAAUUCUGUUCAAAUAAUGUUUUAAAACAAUCUUCGUUAAUUUUUUCCCAGCGAAAGGCACAAUAAAUCCCUUCGGUCUCCCAUUCAUUUUAGAUUGAUAAACUUUUAAAUGUAAUUUAGCCAAGUUAAAAAGCAUGAAAAUGUUUAAUUUUAAAUUUUAAACAUAGUCAAGAAGUCCUUCCGUGGGUGUUAAUGACAUCCACUCAAAUAAUGUUUUAAAACCAUCUUCGUGAAUUUGUUCCCAGCGAAAGGCACAUGAGAUCCCUUCGGUCUCCCGUGUGAGCACGCUCUCGAGCCCGAAAGGGAGCAAAACCUCUUCGACCAAAGCCGGAGCGUCGGACAUCGAUUCGGAUAUUUCUGAGGUCAUCUUCAAGGGCUCCAAGGAAACGGGCCACAAGUCUUACGACGGUAAAAUGACAUCAGCCCUGAUGGACAAAUUAGAUAAACGCAUGACGAUCUUCAAAGGCAAUGAGCCGACAAGCUACAAAAAGAUUUCGAUGAAAGAGUCGGAUAAUCUCUACAAGAUGGAGAGAAAGUCGAUACAUUUAGGCGAAAGUCGACAGUUGCCAAGAAAAUCCCUGG